CCCCCCUCCAUCAUGCUCCUUUUCUCUCUCCUCCUCUCCCUCUCCCUCCUCCUCCUCCUCCUCCUCCGCUCCUCUGCCCGGCGCCAGGGCCGCCUGCCGCCGGGCAGCCUGGGCCUCCCCUUCAUCGGGGAGACCCUCCAGCUCAUCUCCGCCUACAAGACGGAGAAUCCCGAGCCGUUCAUCGACGACCGCGUCGCGAGGUACGGCCCGGUCUUCACCACCCACCUCUUCGGCGAGCCGACCGUGUUCUCGGCCGACCCGGAGACGAACCGGCUCAUCCUCCAGAACGAGGGCCGGCUCUUCGAGUCGAGCUACCCGGGCUCGAUAUCGAACCUCCUCGGCCGCCACUCGCUCCUCCUCAUGCGAGGGAGCCUCCACAAGCGGAUGCACUCCCUCACCAUGAGCUUCGCCAACAACGCCAUCAUCCGCGAUCACCUCCUCCUCGACGUCGACCGCCUCGUGCGCCUCAACAUGGAGUCCUGGUCCGACCGCGUCCUCCUCAUGGAGGAGGCAAAAAAGAUAACAUUUCAGUUAACAGUGAAACAAUUGAUGAGCUUUGAUCCUUGUGAAUGGACUGAGAAUCUCAUGAAUGAGUACAUGCUAGUAAUUGAAGGCUUCUUCACCAUCCCUCUCCCCAUUUUUUCCACCACAUACCGAAGAGCUAUUAAAGCUAGGGGAAAGGUGGCGGAGGCGUUGAGUUUGGUGGUGAGGGAUCGGAGGAGAGAGGUUGAAGUAGGAGAGACAAAGAACGAUAUGUUGGCGGCACUAUUGGAUGAAGAAGGCGGAGGCGGCGGGUUUUCCGAUGAGGAAAUAGUGGAUUUUAUGCUGGCGUUGUUGGUGGCGGGCUAUGAAACCACUUCCACUAUUAUGACUCUCGCCGUUAAAUUCCUUACCGAGCAUCCUCUUGCUUUGGCCCAACUCAAGGAUGAGCAUGAAGAAAUCAGGGCGAAAAGGGGAGAAAAUGAAGCUCUUCAAUGGGAAGAUUACAAAGCCAUGUGUUUCACUCAAUGUGUGGUGAACGAAACACUAAGAGUAGCUAACAUAAUUAGUGGUGUGUUUAGACGUGCAAUGACCGAUGUGACUAUCAAAGAAGGUUAUACAAUUCCCAAGGGAUACAAGGUCUUUGCCUCUCUCCGAGGGGUACACAUGGAUCAUCAUCACUUCAAAGAUGCUCGGGUUUUUAACCCGUGGAGGUGGCAGGAUCAAAAAAAUGGUUUAGGCACACCUAGUGCGACAAACAUGUUCAAUCCGUUUGGGGGAGGCCCUAGACGUUGCCCGGGAGCCGAGCUUGCUAGGGUCGAACUUUCGGUUUUUCUUCAUCGAUUGGUCACUCAAUUUAGUUGGGAGGCAACGGAACAAGACAAGGUAGUUUUCUUUCCAACAACAAGAACUCAAAAGAGGUAUCCAAUCACUAUUCGAAGGCUAAAACGAGUGGUUGGCGAAUAAAGAUUAUUAUUGAGUCAAUUAAUAGAUAUCGAUGAAGAGAUCUUAGGAACAAUUACUUUAAAUUUGUAGCAAGCCCAAUAAACCACAGGUGUAAAUUGUUCUAUAUAUAAUUUUCCUAGCAGCAAUAUAUAUUAUUUAGUUUUCA